AUGCGGCAGCUUUUGCUGAUCUGUGCGCUGGCCUGUGCCGUCGGCGGUGUGCUAAGUGCUUCGUUGACGCGCGUUGGCCGCGAGGAUGAGCCAGCGGUAGUUCCGGCCGUUGAACAGGUGGAACCCGUGGCGGUGGAGCUGAAACGCGCCGAAGUCCCGGUAGCGGUUGAGGAGUCCGUGGCCGUAGCGGAACAGGCAGUUGAACCUGUCGCAGGUCAGCUGACGGUGGCUGAGCCUGUUGGCGUGGAGGUGGCUGAGGUCGUAGCUGAUGCCACUGUACCUGAGGCUGAGGUUAUGAAGGUCGUCGAACAGGUGGUUGAAACCGUCGAACAGCAACCGAAACAGGCCGAACAGAAGGUAGUUGAGCCGGUAGAGUCACUCCGCACUGUGGAACUCGUGCCGGAUGUACCGGAACCAGCAGUUGUGGCCGUGUUUGAGAGCGCCGAACCCGUGCAGGAAGCCGUCCAGGUGGUCGAGCCUGUCGAGUCACUGCGUAGUGUAGCUCCGGUGGCUGAGGUAGCUGAGCCUGUAGCUGUCGUCGUGGCUGCCCAGGAGACCGAGAAGCAACCGGAACAGGAACAAGUCGUCGCUGUCGUGCCCGCUGUCAAGACCGUCGCUGAGGUGAUCCUUGAGAAGGCUGAAGAGAAGGUUGCUGAGCCGGUGGCGCCUGUCCAGGCCGUGAAGGAGACUGAGGUUGCGCCAGUUGAGUCACUCAAGUCCGUAGAACCAGCCGUUGAGGUGGCCGAACCCGUCGCCGUCGUUGUGUCGCAGGAACAGCCAGCUGCCGUCCAGGUUGAGCAGGAAGCCGUCGUGCCUCAGGUCAAGUCGGUGUUGCCAGUGGAAGUUGAGGCUGUUAAGGUUGUCGCUACUCCCGAGGUUGCCGUUGAGGAGAAGGUCGCCGUUGUUGAGAAGGAAGUCGCCCCGGUUGAGUCGCUGCGUUCGGUUGCUGUUGUGCCAGAGGUAGGUGCUGAACAGGUCGUUGUUGAGCCGGUAGUUCCUGAGGUGCCUGUUGAGGAGAAGGUUGUUGCUCCGGUUGAGUCCCUACGUUCGGUGGCCCCUGUUGUGCCGGUGGAGCAGCCCGCUGUCGCCGUUGUUGCCGUGUCUGAACCCGAGAAGGUCGUCGAAGCCGUCGAAGAGAAGGUAGUUGCUCCGGUUGAGUCCCUCCGUCAAGCUUCUCCUGUGGAAGCCGUCAACGAACCUGGCGUCGUAGUCGUCCCGGCUGAGGACAAACCUGUCGUUGCUCCCGUCGCCGUUGAACAGGAAGCCGUCGUCCCGGCUGUCAAGAGCGUCCUGGUACCGGAAGUGGUCGAGAACGUCGAGAAGCAGGAAGUUCCGGUCGCCGUCGAGGAACCAGAGGCUGGUGUCGUCAAGUCCGUCCCGAUCGCUGAAGAUCUCGUCCCGGUAAAGGAUGUCGAAGCCGAACCACAUCAGGCUCUGCGUGGCAAUGAAGUGCGCCAGGAAACGGGCAGCUCCACCACGCGUCCCAAUCUGCUGCAGCAGAUCAUCCAACCCGUGAACAACUUCAUCCAGAACACGCCUCUCGGUCAGGUCCUGAACCGUCCUUCGGCCAACCCACCAGCAGAGGGCGCUGAAGCGCCUGCUGUGGCUCAGGAUGAGUCAGCCGCUGCCCCAACCACGACCGCCCCUAAUCUGGUCCAGCAGCUCGCUCAAGGUGUGCAGAACUUCUUCAACCCGAAUGCGGCCAAUGCCAACGCCGAAUCGGAGUCAACUACGCGCCCUAACAUCAUCCAGCAGGUGCAGAAUGCCGUCGGAUCCGUGUUCAACCGGCCGGCUACCAACUCCGAGCAGCAACAGCCUCAGCCCCAGCCUAACCCAAUCCAGAACAUCGUGCAGGGUGUGCAGAACUUCUUCCGACCAAGCACGGCCGCUCCUGCGAGCCAAUCGGAUGUAGUAGCACCAGCUGAGGCGCCGCAAGAAACACCCCAGGAGACGCCAGCCGCCUAG